UCGUAAAAGUCAUUUUCUCUACUUUUAAUCUCUCCCUCUGUUUUACUGUCUGUGUGAUCAAGAAGAAAGAAAAUGUUGGCGAUUUUCGACAAGAACGUGGCAAAAGCCCCCGAGGCUCUAACGAGUCAGGAAGGUGGAUCUGUUUGUGCUCUUAAAGAUGGGUUCUUACCAAACCACUUUGCUUCCAUCUACCCUGGUGCUGUCACCACCAAUCUCGGAUCUUCUGGUCUCAUCGCUUGCUCCCUCCACAAGCAGAACCCUCUUCUCCCCAGAUUGUUUGCUGUGAAUGAUGAUAUGUUCUGCAUCUUCCAAGGACACAUAGAGAACAUUCCAUUUCUUAAACAGCAAUAUGGACUCACAAAAACAGCAACCGAGGUCACUGUUGUGAUCGAAGCCUACCGAGCCCUCAGAGACCGUGGUCCAUACCCUGCAGAUCAAGUCGUGAGAGAUUUUCAAGGGAGAUUUGCCUUCAUGCUCUUUGACUGCACCACAAAGAAUGUCUUCCUUGCUGCGGACGCAGAUGGUAGCGUUCCUCUAUUCUGGGGAACUGAUGGUGAAGGCCAUCUCGUUCUUUCUGAUGAGCUUGAAACCGUGAAGAAAGGUUGUGGUAAAUCAUUUGCGCCAUUCCCUAAAGGGUGCUUCUUUACCUCGUCUGGAGGGUUGAGGAGCUUUGAGUUUCCAUUGAACGAGUUAAAGCCUGUACCAAGGGUGGACAGUUCGGGGCAGGUGUGCGGUGUGCUUUUCAAAGUGGAUUCCGAGGCCAAGAAAGAAGGUGCAAUGCCUAGAGUCGGCAGUGUUCAGAAUUGGUCUCAACAAAUCUGAAAGGCUAAAAAGUGAUUUUAGCUGAGUUUUAAUUUACUUUGUUGAACUCUGGCUGUGUUCCGGAGCUUUGAGAUCUCGUAGUUUCAAUCUUUCUCUUGAUUUUCUCACACUGGCCAUUCUAAGGUUUCUCUGGCUCUAUUCAAACUAGGAAUAAAAGACAAACUUCUGAUUCAA